UUUUGACAGGAAAUUUAAAAUCAACAUUAAAUCCUAUAAUUCAUACAUUUAUAAAACAGAUCAUUCAAAUCUAGAACUCAUUAAACUAAUCACCACUUCAUUAUUAAUUUCCUGAUCAAAAUCAAGUACAACUUAACAGUAUCUUAUUACACUGUAUAACACUAACCAAAAAAAAACCCCAACUUCCCUCUCUCUUUCUCUCUCCUCCAUCACAGUAAAGUGCAACGAACCGACAUCGAAAACAGCACCAACCAACCAACAAUCACAAAUAAACCCACCACCAAACACACAUGAUUUUUCUUCCAAAGUAGAGUUGAUGAAGACAUCAAUGGCGGAGUAUUAGAGAAGAAAACAACCCAGUUUAAAAAAUUAAAUAAAAACACCCAAUAAAAAUUUAGACCAAUUUGACAUAGACGUUUCUUCCGACAUUUCUUCCAUUCUUUAAGCAACAGGCGACUCAAUUACCCAGAUCUCUUUUAUUAAUUUCAAUUUCUGUUUCUAGGGUUUCAAUCCGUAUUUAAUACGGUAUACCCAGAUUUUACUCUCACUCUUUCUCUCUCUUAUCCAUCAAAUUACACCUCUAUUUGAACUGGUUUGGGAUUAAGUUGAUUAGUGGGGAGAUUCGAUAUGGUGAACUCUGGGCCAAUUACGCCCGGACAGGUAUCUUUUCUGCUUGGAUUUAUUCCAAGUUUGGUCGCUUGGGUCUACUCUGAGAUUUUGGAGUACAAGAGGUCUUCAUCUCAUUCUAAAGUCCAUUCAGAUAAUAAUCUUGUUGAGUUGGGAAAUGAAGCUGCUAAGGAAGUUGACCGAGCAGUACUCCUGGAAGGGGGACUUUCAAAAUCAGCAUUGCAAAAGUUCUCUUCUUCAUCCAUUAAGUCAAACUUGAUUAGGUUUGUGACAAUGGAUGAGUCUUUUUUGCUGGAAAAUCGAGCUACAUUGAGAGCCAUAGCUGAGCUUGGGGCAAUUUUGGUGUACUUUUAUAUCUGUGACCGGACAGAUUUGCUGGGAGAUUCAACCAAGAAUUACAAUCGUGAUCUUUUUGUGUUUCUGUACUUCAUCUUGGUCAUUGUUUCAGCAAUGACUUCGCUCAAAAAACACCAAGAUAAGUCAUCAUUAUCUGGGAAAUCAAUACUUUACCUGAAUCGGCAUCAAACUGAGGAAUGGAAGGGCUGGAUGCAGGUUCUUUUUUUGAUGUAUCAUUAUUUUGCCGCCGCGGAGAUCUACAAUGCUAUACGUGUGUUCAUUGCUGCAUAUGUUUGGAUGACUGGCUUUGGCAAUUUUUCUUACUACUACAUACGAAAAGAUUUCAGUCUGGCUCGUUUUACCCAGAUGAUGUGGCGGCUGAAUUUCUUCGUUGCUUUUUGCUGCAUUGUUUUGAAUAAUGAUUAUAUGCUAUACUAUAUUUGUCCAAUGCAUACGCUUUUCACUCUUAUGGUGUAUGGAGCCCUUGGUAUAUUCAACAAGUACAACGAAAUUCCAACUGUAAUGGCAGUGAAGAUCAUGUCAUGCUUUCUUGUGGUUAUACUUGUUUGGGAGGUCCCUGGAGUCUUCGACUUGAUCUGGAGUCCUUUCAUGUUUUUUUUAGGGUACUCUGAUCCUGCAAAACCAGAUGUUCCUCGAGUACAUGAAUGGCAUUUCAGAUCCGGGCUGGAUCGUUAUAUAUGGAUCAUUGGAAUGAUCUACGCCUAUUACCACCCAAAUGUUGAGAAAUACUUGGAAAAGUUGGAGGAAGCUGAACCAAAGAGGAGACAUGCAAUCAAAACUGCAAUAGUUGCUGCUGCAGCAUCUGUUGGUUACUUGUGGUACGAAUACAUAUAUAAAUUGGACAAAAUCACAUACAACAAGUACCAUCCAUACACGUCAUGGAUUCCAAUAACUGUAUAUAUAUGCCUACGCAACUUCACCCAUCACCUGCGUAGUUAUUCCUUGACACUCUUUGCAUGGCUCGGGAAGAUCACCUUGGAGACUUACAUAUCUCAGUUUCACAUAUGGCUACGAACUAACACGCCCAAUGGACAGCCUAAGUGGCUCCUCUCACUUAUCCCCGAGUAUCCAAUGCUGAACUUCAUGCUCACGACUGCUAUCUAUGUUUUGGUUUCCCACCGGAUAUUUGAGCUGACUAAUGUGCUCAAGACAGUAUUCAUUCCCACUAAGGAUAACCGGCGAUUAUGGCAUAAUUUCGUUGCUGGUGUUGCGAUUUCCGUAUUCUUGUAUUUUCUCGCUGUUGUCCUCCUCCUGAUCCCUAGUUCACCGGCUUGAUUCAUGGAAUGAAGAAUUCACCUUACCUUACAAUCACAUCGGUGAACAUGGAAGAUAGUUAGGAUCGAUGAGAAUAAGGGGACUUUGGAACGUGGUCUCCUGUAUGCAAAGAUUUGAGUCGAUCAUACUGGUAAAAGGGGAUCGAAAGGCAUCGGUGUUGGAGAUUAUGAAGCGAAAUAUCUAACCAUAUAAUUUUUUCCGCCUCACCUCCGGACUCCGAUUGAUAUUGUGCAUUAUUAUUAAUAUAGAUCAUCCUUCUUUUCCUUUUGAUCCCUUACCCAUAUAUCAUUUUUGCUCAUGUUGUGUGUGAGCCAUAGCAAAAUAUAGGUUUUUUCUUCUUCAGAUAGUUCUCGGGUGAGAUACGAAGUAAAUUUGUUAUUCAAUUGUAAUUCAAUUUUUUUUUGUUGUAUUUCCAAGCAUAUAUAAUCGUUUUCCGAUUGAAAAGUGAAAACAAAUUCAAUUACAAACAAAUCUUGUAUGAGAGGGUAAAUAUUCAAA